AUGCAGAAUUCCAAGGGAAAGGACAAUAGGAAAAAGAAUAAAAAUACAGGACCUGUUAUGGAUGAUCUUUCCCAACAAAUAGAUUAUCAACUUCGGAAAGGCAAUAAAGUUAAUGGAAACAGCAGGAAGAAUCAGAUUUCAAUCAACCAUUUGCUAGAUUUUCAAUCAUACAGGGAUCUGAAGGAGUAUCAUGAAAAGCAUUCGAAACAACAGAGCAAAAGAAGAAAUAGCUCGACUAGGUAUAGAUCCAGGGAGAGGCCCAACAGGGCCCCUCUACAUGGAAUGUCUUUUAUUAACGUGAACUAUAAGUUUGUUGUUGACUACAGAAAUGACUACAAGCCCCAGAAGAUUGAUCCUAAUAUACCGGUUGAUUUAAGUGAUAUUUUGACAAUUAUAGUUCCUAAAGGAAACGCAUGUCCUAUUUGCCUUUCAGAUGACCCGGUUGCACCAAGAAUGAUAACUUCAUGUGGUCACAUAAUAUGCUUGAGUUGUUUGUUAUCCCUUUUAGAUAAUGAUGUUCCUAAAGCGAAAAAGAAGGAAUCUCAGGCAGUAGUUGAAAAAUAUCGUGAAUGCCCCCUCUGCAGUUCUGUCAUUCGAAAAAAUGAAAUAAAACCAGUCUUGAUAAAUAACAUAGAUGAAAGAUUUGAGAUUCCAAAAGUAGAGGAAGAGGUAGUACUUACUUUAAUGAGUCGGCCACACGACAGAGUUUUUGCUUUGCCUGAUGUAAUGAACCAAUAUUUUGACGUUAUUGAAGAUUUUCCUUGGAUCAACUAUCAGAGAGAAGACUUUGGUUCAUAUCUGAGAAUUUUUAAGGGUGACUUGGAUUAUUUAUUGGAGAUUUAUGAUGCAGAGAAGGAAAAGAUCUCGUCGCUAUAUCAAGAAGAAAAGGAAUUGUAUUGUGAUGAUGGCAAAUUUGUUCAGAAAGCAAUAAAUUCUAUAAACGACGAUAUUGAGAGUUGGACUUUAAAAUUUAGUAACCCUUUACCGUUAAAGAAAACGAUGUCUAAUCAUGAUGCUAAAAAACUAGGCGAAUCAUACUACUUUUACCAAACAGGAUUCAAUGCUCCUAGUAUUUAUGUGUUGUCACCAUUGGAUAUUAAAGUAUUAAAGAAUACUUACAAUAAUGACUACUCGGCUUUUCCAUCAUCUAUAGUAGCAAAGAUAGAGAAUAUUAAAUAUGAGGAGCUCACUGCUGAAGCUUCCAUGAGCAGAUAUAAGUAUUUAUCGCAUCUUCCGAUAGGAACGUUAAUUGGUUUCAUGGAGUGUAAUUGGAACAAUAAUGAGUUUAUCAGCCAGGAAACUUGGGAAAGAUUCAAAGGAGAUUUAAUAAAAAGAUCUCGAGGCUCGCAUAAAAAAUUUCAAAAAGAAGAGAAAGACAGGCGGAGAGCGUUGAAUGAAGAAGAAAGGAAAGCUAGAGAUUUCAUUGAGAUGGAAAAUAACAAUAAUCACGAUUUUGACCAUGAUAGGAGCUUCUAUGAGCCAAUGAAUUUUGGAAGUCUUACCAUUACCGACUAUCGUGACCUCCCAUCCUUACCAAUGCAUGGCUCCUCUGAUAGUCAUGGGUCAGGUAGUGAUUCCUCCACUGAUGCAGGUAAUGCAAAUGCUUUUAAAACCACAAUUUGGGGUACGAAAAUACCUAAAGUUGAAGAGAGCGAUGAUGAAAGUGAAACUUUCGAUGCAGAAGAAAUGAUUCGUAAAGCGAGAGAAGCGAAUGAAUUAGAGGAAUCUAGAAAUAGGAAUUCGAAAGGUAAAAAGAAGAAGAAGAAACUUGUUCUUCUCUCGUCAGAUUCAGUCUGGUAG